AUGACAACCACUAAGGCUGACAUUCUUUCGUGGGCUCUCAUAUCACUUGCAGCUGAACCUUAUGUCGUCUGUGUUCUCGGGACUUAUACACCGAUUUUUCUAGAACAAAUUGCAAGAGAAAACGGUGUCUUAGAGAAAGAUCAUUCAUCACCAUGUAUUGCGAUAAGUCAGGUUGUUAGGGGUACACAUGGAGAUAUAUUAGAAUACUCAGGGGAAUUGACUCAAGAGACACAAGCAUGCGUAUUGCCAAUGUUUGGAGGUCGGUUUUAUAUUGAUACAUCAAGUUAUGCGUUAUAUACCUUCUCCCUAUCUGUUUUAAUCCAAACAGUUUGUGUGCUGACAAUAAAUGGAAUAGCAGAUAACAGUAAUUUAAAGAAAACGUUGAUUGUUUUGUUUGGCUGUCUAGGCGGUUUAGCAACUUUUUUUUUCUUCUACUUAGGGAACAAUAACUACUAUACAGCUUCCUUUUUAGCCAUAUGUGCCAAUAUCAGUUUUGGUUGCGUCAGUGUCCUCAUGAACGCAUAUCUAACAAUAAUGGUCAACAACUCUUCCUGUUCAGAUACCGAAGUGCAACGCCAAGAACUAUUGCUAGAACAAGAUAAUGACCAAGUAAUUUCAAACAGUGAGGCUCUUGGUAAAAUAGGUUCUAAGAUAAGUGGAGUUGGGACUUCAACCGGUUAUAUCGCUGCUAUGUUAUUACAGGUUGUUUUUUUGUUAUUGAUGAACUACAUGACAGAAAAUGGUUACGAUGUAUUCUGGAGCAUCAAACUUGUAAUUUCUAUCGCCGGUUUAUGGUGGUUAAUAUGGCAAGCCCCUAUCGCAAUCUUUUUGAAAAACAUUGAAAGUCUCCAAACCAAGAGUAUGUCUAUUAAAGAAAUGGUUAUACAGGGAUACAAAGAAUUGGGACAUGUUCUUAUUAAUAUUCGUUCUUUGAAGGAUAUAUACUAUUACCUUUUAGCGAUGUUUGUUUUGACUGAUUCAUUAACUACAAUUAAUUCGACAGCGAUAUUGUUCGGAAAGACUGUAUUAAACAUGCCGGUAACUUCACUUGCCAAAAUUGGUGUUUUGGUGAUGAUAAGUGCAAUUGCAGGAUCGAUUGUUAUUCCAAUAGUUCUCAUUGGCAAAUACGGUUGUCGUGUAGAGAAGGUUCAGCUCCUCUUAGUAUUGUGGUGUCUCUGUGUUCCGUUGUAUGGAAUAUUUGCGCUCACCUCUGCCUUUGAGAUGUAUGUGCUGGCUGUGUGGUAUGGUUUAGGUCUUGGGGGACUGAGUACAAUCAAUAGAAGUAUUUACUCAAUCAUUAUUCCUGAAGGUAAAGAGAACAUUUUCUUUUCAAUAUACAGUUUAACGGAUAGAACCAGUUCAAUCGUUGGUCCUUUCGUAGUAGGUUUGAUUAUAAAUAUAUUUCACAAUGUUCGAGGGGCGUUCUGGAUUUUAACGGCACUUUUGUUGAUUAGUAUACCCAUUUUGUCGGUCAAAUUUGAUCUAGAUCGGGCGAGAUCUGAAAGCUUUAACUUUGGGUUGGACUGA